GGCGCUGAGCCAUGGCCCACAGAACCACUACCUCAGCAGAAUGGAGCGUACGUCCGUGCUCGCUGCUCGGCCCGACGCCCCGACCCACACCGCCAAGUUCAGCCCCGGCGCGCUGGGCUCCGCGUUCACCCCCCUCUCGCGAGUGCCUCCCGCCUUCCCCCUGUUCCAGUCACUACCGUUCCUACCACAAGUGCCUCCCACCAGUGCCAAGCAGCCGCCACCCUACGGCCUCGAAUCCCGGCUGGCGGGGCUUCUGCAGAGCUAUGGAACCGUGCCCAUAGGCCAGCUGCCGUGGGCGGCGCUGGGCGCGAGCGAGCUGGCCCUCAACCGCCUGCUGCUGACCCCCGGGGGCCGCCUCAGCAGGCCCAAGAAGCGCUACAUCUGCAAGUACUGCCAGCGGGAGUUCACCAAGAGCUACAACCUGCUGAUCCACGAGCGGACGCACACGGACGAGCGGCCCUUCCCCUGCGACAUCUGCGGCAAGGCCUUCAGGAGGCAGGACCACCUCCGCGACCACAAGUACAUCCACAGCAAGGAGAAGCCCUUCAAGUGCGAGGCGUGCGGCAAGGGCUUCUGCCAGGCGCGCACGCUCGCCGUGCACAAGGCGCAGCACGCCCACGACACCCUCCCCGCGGCGGCGCCCGCCCGCACGCCCACCGCGCCGCACACGCCGCCCGCCGCGCCCACUGAUAGCGAGGAGGUGGUGGACGUGCUGCACUGCGACGACGACGACGACGACGAUGUGAUGCAGACGGUGACGGAGGAGGACGAGGAGCUGCCCCCCGCGGUGCCGCCCCCCAAGAGGCUCGGCUUCUCCAUCGCCGACAUCAUGAGCAGAUAGAGCCGUGGAGGGGCGAGGAGCGUUGCCCUGCCCUGCAGCGCCGACCUCCGAGAGACUCGCUCCUCAAGCGUCGACAUCUUGAGCAGCUGAGCCUCGGAUGGCCGAGGAGCAGCCCCGCCCCACGGCGCCGCCUCCCAGGCAGACGGUGAGCCACAGGGGCAGGGCACGGGACACGCCGCCGUCACGGUCUCGGCCACGCCAAGCUUUAAUUACCUGUAAAAUUUGCUGCAUAUUGCGGCCUUAUGUUGUAUAUUACUUUAUACUUUAUAAGUUCUGUUAAUGAAUGUUAAAACUGA